AUGUCAGGGGCUUAUGAGGCGAGAGUGAGCACCAACAGAACAUUCAGUGGUGGUCAACCUAAUCUGUUCAACAACAACGACACCUUUGAAGAUUUGGACGAUGAUUUCCUUGACAUAUACACCAUGAAUCCAAGACAACGUCUGUUGCAUCAGGUUCGUAAAUUUCGCAAUAAAGUGUUCGAAUGGUACAGAAACCUGCCUUUGUGGAAGAAAAUUGCAGUCAUAGUUGCGGCUCUUGCCCAAUUGACCCUGUCCAUAUUGGGAAUUAUCUUCCAUGACAAGCUAUUAAAGACGAUGGUCGCUGCAUCCAGCGAAUUGAGAUCUAGAUGGUACACUCCCCUUAUCUGUAUAUCUCUUGUUUUCCUAGUGUCUUUCCCGCCCUUGAUAGGGUUUUCGAUGCUGUCUGUCAUGGUUGGUAUCAUCUACGGCAUCAGCUUCACAGGUUGGUUAACAUUGUUUAUUGGUUCGGUGGGUGGCUCGAUUUCUGCAUUUGUUCUGUUCAAGACUCUUCUGCGGUCCCAAGCAGAACGGCUGGUCCACGCAAAUGCCAAAUUUGAAGCCCUGACCUCCAUUUUACAAGACAACGACAGCUAUUUGAUGAUUGCCAUGAUCCGGCUGUGCCCCUUCCCUUAUUCAUUUACCAAUGGUGCUAUUGCCGGAAUAUACGGAGUGACGUUGCGGAAUUUUUCUUUGGGAAGUGUUCUAACGUCUCCUAAGUUGCUAAUGUACCUUUUCGUGGGUUCUCGGUUGAAAAGGCUUGGAGAAGACGGCACAGCGUCGUCCAGAAUAUUUGACAUUCUGGGAAUUCUUGCAACGGGACUAAUUUUGGUCUUGACUACCUGGAUCUUAUAUUCCAGAGCCCGGAAGCGGUAUCUCGAGCUGCAAAGGAACCAAAGCAUAGACGUUUCCUUCGAAACUGUUUUCUAG